AUGGCUGCCAUCUUGGCUGUCCCCGACUACCGGCUGUGGAGAUGGGAGUGCUGCGAGGCGAAUCCGGACUCUGUCGAUGAAAAGGUGCCGUGGUUCAACCUGUAUCUGGGAAUGCCCAAAGGACGAUUCAAGCUCACGGUAAACCGAGCCAAUUUCAACAAAUCGCCCGACAAACUUGCCGAGUUUGACAGCACGCUUUCGUACCUACGCAGCAGGAGCAGUUGCAGCAGCAUUGACCUGGUGGCAACUGGCGAUGGCGGCGUCAGCCCUAACAAGAGCGUCGCAUGGAUCAUACCCUCCUUGGUCGACAGGAUUCGCGAGCUCGAGUCUGCGAAUGAACUGCCACCAAGUCAAGAGUCGCUCCAUGAAUUUUGGGCGCGGCCGUGGACCGUAUUCUCGGUGAUGGCCGAACAGGACUGCCUGGUGCUCGAAGGCGGCACGACGCUGGUCGACACUUACCCCCCUUCCAUGGCGUUCUGCACCGGAUACGGCAUGAUCAGCCACGGCCACAUCACGCGGAAAACGCUGCGCAUUCUAGGGGCUACGGACCUCAUGAUUCGGGCGAGAGACGAGGGAAGAGUGGUCGCCGACGAGCCACGCGUGGGCUUCCUCACAGAGAGAGCGGCGGACCUGCUAAAGUUCAAGCCCCGUGAUGAGAGCAGGAUCGACUACCCGAUGGGAAUCCGGUCUUUCGCUGGCCUGGCCCUCCCCGUCCUGCAGAACAUCGUCGAAAAGCACGAGUUCGUCAACCAGCUCCCCGCGUGCCCGAAUGUGCCCUCCCGCCUCGCCUCGACCGACCAGAUGAGGGUGCUGCGCGCGCACUUCAUCCUCGCCGACGGCAUGACGACGCAGUGGAGCGUGCACGGCAUGUGCGGCACCAUCGGGCUCGCGAUGGAGCAUCUAGGCCGGGGCACGACCACGCUGCGCGAAGCUCUUGAGCCUGGCCUCGCCUCCGUCGAGCGCCGCAAGCUGUGGAAGAAACACCUGAUGAGGACGAUGAGCAUGAUGCACGUCCGCGGGGUUGUCUGGGCGGACGUCUCGCUGGACAGCGUGCUGGUGCGGGAGGACAGCGCGUGGAUCUACCGCCUCGGGCCGGGGUACCUCGGGGAGAUGCUGGGGGACGUGAAUGCGCAGGGGGUGCGGAACGGGGGGAGCGGACCACGGGUGCAUGCGUUACGAGAGAGGCAGAGGCAAGAGCAACGGGUGCAAUUGAUGGUGCAGAAAAGGGCGAAGCAGAUCGACAUUCGUGCGCUCAGUGCCCUGUUUUCCCAUCCUCUCUGGGGAUCGGUGACGGUGAGCCUUGCGGAGCUGCAGGAGGAGAUGAAGAGGGAGGCUGCGGGGGAGUGA